GGAACACGCAAGGUUAUGAGCGGCAGCCAUGAUAAUUGCCCUUCUUUCGGGCAUUCAGGGACGUUUAGGAGGUGGCCGUAGCAGCAUUCCGUCUGCAUGUCUUUCAAAAUUUCCUGUCGGCAUCUUCUUCAUCAUCAUCCACUGAAUGCAGAUUAACAGGUAUGCCCAGGGAAAAAUAUGAUCCCCCAGAUCCUCGCCGAUUAUAUACAAUCAUGUCAGCUGAGGAGGCAGCAAGUGGAAAGAAGUCUCUUUGGUCAGAGCUGGAGAUUUCAGGACGGGUUCGAAGCUUGAGUAGCUCGCUAUGGACACUGACGCACUUGACGGCGCUGCAUCUCAACGACAACAACCUAAGUCGCAUUCCUCCAGAGAUAGCCAAACUCCAGAACCUGGUUUACCUGAAUCUUUCCUCCAAUAAGCUGCGCAGCCUCCCAGCAGAACUUGGAAACAUGGUGUCACUCAGGGAACUGCUUUUAAAUAACAAUCUUUUACGAGUUCUGCCUUAUGAACUUGGGCGGCUGUUUCAAUUGCAAAGCUUAGGCUUGAAAGGAAAUCCUUUGUCACAAGAUAUUCUUAAUCUUUACCAGGAACCUGAUGGAACCAGAAAGCUUCUUAAUUAUAUGCUUGACAAUCUUGCAGUGCACCCUGAACAGCUUCCUCAAAGACCUUGGAUUACACUAAAAGAACGAGACCAAAUGAUUCCAACAGCCACAUUUACGGUCAUAUGUUACAACGUGCUGUGUGACAAGUAUGCCACAAAACAGCUGUAUGGCUACUGUCCAUCUUGGGCGCUGAACUGGGAGUACAGGAAAAAGGGAAUCAUGGAGGAGAUCACAAACUGCGAUGCGGAUAUCAUCAGUCUUCAGGAAGUUGAAACUGAGCAGUACUACGCUCUUUUUCUGGAAACCCUGAAGGAGCGUGGCUAUGAUGGCUACUUCUGCCCCAAGUCUCGUGCCAAAUUGGUGUCUGAACCAGAAAGGAAGCAUGUGGAUGGCUGUGCAAUAUUUUUCAAGACAGAGAAGUUCACACUUGUGCAAAAGCACACUGUUGAGUUCAACCAGGUCGCAAUGGCGAACUCAGAAGGUUCAGAAGUCAUGCUGAAUCGAGUAAUGACGAAAGACAACAUUGGUGUAGCUGUAUUGUUAGAGGUCAACAAGGACAUGUUUUCUGGAGGGACAAAGCCCAUACAAGAGAAGCAGAUGCUCCUAGUUGCCAAUGCACACAUGCACUGGGACCCUGAGUUUUCUGACGUGAAGCUGAUCCAGACCAUGAUGUUCAUUUCGGAGCUGAAAAGCAUUGCGGAGAAAACCUCUCGGUCAGAGGCGUCCAGCUCCACCGCUCUCGAUUCUGGCUCCAUACCCAUUGUCCUGUGUGCGGAUCUCAAUUCGCUACCAGAUUCAGGAGUGGUGGAGUAUUUGAGUAAUGGCGGAGUGGCAGAAAAUCACAAGGACUUCAAAGAGCUCCGCUAUAGCGAAUGUCUAACGAACUUCAGCUGCAAUGGAAAGAAUGGCAACUCAGAGGGCAGCAUCACGCACAGCUUCCAGCUGAAGAGCGCGUAUGAGAAUGACGCGAUGCCUUACACUAAUUAUACCUAUGAUUUUAAGGGCGUGAUCGACUACAUUUUCUAUUCCAAGACUCACAUGAGUGUACUGGGUGUCCUGGGGCCCUUGGACACCCAGUGGCUGGAGGAGAACUGCAUCACGGGUUGUCCGCACCCCCACAUCCCCUCUGACCACUUCUCCCUGCUCACGCAGCUGGAGCUGCAUCCGCCCUCCCUGUCGCUCAAUGGCCUCCACCUGCCCAUCCACAGGUAGCCCGACCCUUCCUGGGGGUGUGGGCAUGGCCAGCUGCCAGACUGCCACCCACCAAGGAGUGCAGUAUGACUUCCAUGCUGCCUCGUCCCAAGCUGCUCCCUUUUAAGUGUUUGCACAUGAAUUUUACUCAUUUAGUCUUGAAAGGCUGGACACCAAAUUAGGGUUGGGAGUCUUGUUUUUGUUAAAUGUCCUGCUUUACUUGGCAACAUUAUGGUUUAACCUUUUAAUAAGCACUGUGUUGGCAAUUUGUUUUGGUGUGUGAAAAUGGAAGUGAUAAAUUUGUACUGAGUUUUCUUCUGGCAGUGCAUCUGCUCAGUCCUAGCCAUUAUGUUUGAAUUGGCAUGGGGUUCUGAAAUUGCAAAAAAUAAAAAAUCCUACAGAUGUCUUGCACAAUGUCAAAAGUGGGUGGGGAAAAAACUAAUGUUGCCUAAAAAAAUUAGGACAUAAGACAGAAUCCCAGCCCUACUAAGUCAAAAUAAACUAGAUAUUUCAUGUUAUUUGUGCUGCUGUUUCUACACUAUGCAUUUCAUUUGUUAUUUGCUUAAAAUCAGUGUGCACAUGAACCAAAAAGUUUAAAUUUUUUGGGUGCUGAAUCACUUUGCUUUCUGGGAGCACAAACCUGCCAGCAUCUGCAAGCCAUGGCAAAUCAGCAUGCAGAUGCAUCUCUGCAUUGUGUCCAUAGUCGGUUUUCAUAUCCGACAAUAAUUAGGACUUCAUAUAAAAUUGGUCGUCUGCCUGGAGUGGUAGUGAAACAAGCUCACCAAAUUCUCUACUCUCUUUCAUCUGUUAAAAUUCACAUUUAAGUAUUCAAUGCUUCAGUUCUGAAUGUACAGAGAAGUUCAGUGCUAACUUUUUCUUGAGGUAUCUAUGUUGAGUAUCUUUUGUAGGGUAAAAACAUGGUAUUUAUUCAUCCAGUGGACCACAUUGAUUUUAUACAAGUGGUUGCCAGGUAUCAAUACUGUGCUGUGCCAUUUCUAUGGUUUAAGCCAGUGUUUCUGAACCUUCCGGUCCUUGCGGACCCCAGACGGUCAGGGCAUUUCCAAGAAUCGGGUUGAGAAGCACUGGUUUAAAAUUUUCACGGUAUCACAAGAAUUUUCUAGCCCAAUAUAUGAAUUGUAGCUAUUGGCCUGCAUCAAACACAGAAAAAAAAAUCACAUUUAGGAUGUAAGUUUGCAUUGUAGUUUUCAUGCUUCAAAACAAGGAGUUGGGUAGAUCAAUUAUCACCGAAUCUAAAUGUGCAAACGGGUUUGAUGUGGACAGGGCAGUCUGGCUGCCUGGCAGGUGUGAAUUUAACCCCAGACCUCUAUUUCACCUGAUUCACUCAAAUUAAUCCCCCCCCCAUACUAAAAGUAGGCUUUGCUUUGUUUGCACUCAAGCACGAUUCAGAUGGACGUGCUUCUGAUUCCCGUAGCGGCCACCAAGCCCCAUUCUGACAGGCGUAAGGCCUGUGUGCUGCUACCAGCACUUUGUGACAUCUGUUCACACCAUGCGGAACUCAUGUGUUCAUGCUUGGAUUUGACCAACAGAGAUUCUCACUUUCGCCUUUCUUAUAAUAGUACCUGGACCUUGUGGUGGGUGGGGCUGUGGGAGGGGGACAGGAGCUCUCUUUUUUUAUUAUGCAUAUUCUUCACAGUACACAAGCUUGGUUCAGAUUCUUGUCUCUGAACCGCACUCUAUAAGUCUAUAAGGCAUCCUGACAGAUCCUCACAGUUACUCAGUGACCGGAGAUUGCCUCUUAUUGUUUCAUAAAGUAACGGCCAUCAAAGUGGUACUUAACAUGAUUUUAAGAUUUUAUCUUUUUUUUUUCUGGUGAUUCCUUUAUCAAUGACACAUUUUUACAUAAACAUAUGAAAAUUGUACAAUACUGUAUGUAAAUCAAUGUGAAAUAUCAAUGUUUUAAUAUUUAAAACACUUUCCUCUAAGCUCUGCAAAAAUCGAUGACUGUGAUGACUGUCCUGGGUGUUACAGAUAUACUAUAUUCAUAUAAACUCACAGGUACUAUCUCUUGAUAAUCCAUCUGAGUCAUUACUUUCAUAUGCAUGUUUAAUUCAUUUCAAUCAUUUUAACCAAAUUAUAUUUCCAUGGGUUUUUUUUUUUUGCAUCUGACCACAUGUUUUAUUGACUCAUGAAAAAUCAUUGCCAGCCGGCUCAUGGACUACGUGUAUAUCUAUAUUUAUAGAAUAUAAAGUUCUAUUUUAGACUAUAUGCUACAGUUUUUAAGACAAUGUGCCUACUUCUGCAUGACAGUGCUAUCCUCGACAUGCAGUGUCUCUGGCCCGGUUUUGUUCCUUCGAUCCACCACUGCCACAACUUCUUGGAAACCUGUUUGUGGGACACGAUCUGGUGCUUUUUCUUCUGGUUCUAAGAUUCUGAAAUUGCAGGGAGUGUCAUGUUGAGCUUUUGUGCCAUGUAGCACAUCCAUACUUGAACACAGUUACUAUAGUGACUGCUCGUUUACCCUCUUCUGUUCUCUUUUUAUUUGUGGUGUCCAUUCAUCAACUGAGAAAGUACAAUUUUUAUCAUUGCGUAAAAAUUUCUCAAAGUCACUCUUUUAUAUUGUUAAAUCACACAGCAUAUCUUUGUAUUUUAUGACACUUCCCAGUAUCAUGAUAAAUCAACAAAAGCUCAAAUGAGAUUAAGGGUUGAGUCUUGUGAAGAAAUGGUUACUUCAGUAUUUUUUUUAAUUCAUCACUGUACUUAUUUAUUCUUUUUUUUUCUUGCCAUUAACAUCCAGAGCAUUUCAGAACUCCUAUUUUUGCCAUAUAGACAGUAGCAGUGUUUACCACAACUCAAACCGUGCAAUUGGCUACAAACAGCUACUACACUUGGAGAGUGGGUAGUGGGGGGUCCCGAGGUAACUUUUUGAAUGGGGCCUUGGAAAUAACAAACCCGCCCCUGCCUAUGGAACUGCAAAAUAAUAUAUGCUCAAAAAUGACUCUUGUAUCUGACCACUUCCUAUCACUUUUUUUUUUUUUUUUUUAUGGAUUUCAGAUGUUACAUAAACAGUGUAGUUCUCAGUUUUUUGAAGCUAUCAAUAUUUAAAUUUGUAAUUGUGGUUAUAAAGCAUAAAUGUGGAGAUUAGUUUCCCAAUCACCAUAUCUUGGAUUGUUUUUUCAACUCCAGGUUAAAAUAUAUUAAAGUAUCCAGAAAUGUUCUUAUACGGUAUAUACUAAGACUAGUAUAAGAAAACAUUGUGUGCUCUGUGAUAAGGGAUGACUGCUUCUCAAUCACCAACGCUACAAGGAUAUAUCGUACAUCUUCAACUUUAAUUUACUUUUAAAUGUCAGACUCAAGUAAAGGUAUCUAAUUGUGAAAAUCAGAAAUAAUUGCACUUUGAAUUUCUCUUUGCUAUUUGAAGUGAAAUCGUGCCUGAAACAACUUCUGUUUCACGUCGAACUUGUAUCUGCAGUUCUCAGCGAAUUUGGUGGUUUCUGAUGAACUUCGAUUCUGCUCUAUAAGUUGGACAGGUCUCUGACAGUGGAUAACUGGUGUAAUCAGGCUGUAAAAAUGAAAAAGCUUAUGAUUACAAGUGACUAGAAACCAGUAUUGUCUAGCAUUUAUUAUUUUAAGCACACUACUGUUCCAGUUUUGACGUUUGUAUUAAUUUGAAUUAUCAGACACGUGAAACUGAAGGAAAAAAAGCUGUUUUUUUCUUCCAGCACUCACCAGCUGUUCAGUUAAUGAUUUUUUUGGAUUUUUUUUAUUGGUUUAUAUACAUAGCCAACCAGCACAAAUAUGAAGUGGUAUCCAGUACCUGCUGAUCUCACCAGUGAUGAAACCGCUAUGCUGAGAUCUCACAGAAGCUGUGAAUCACAGAAAUUCUGUCGAUUCCCAGAUUUUUGCCAGCAUUACCUAUGAUGCCAGCGUGAUUGUUUGGUGGUAUGACAGCAUGGUCCGGCUUUCAAUGCCACUGCUGUGAUCUGAUGGUGGGUCAGAGCACAGGGUUCUGUAUUGUCUCUGUCAAAAUAUUUCUCAUUGCAGAUGUCAUUUUCCUUCAAUACAUAAAAUAAUUCACCUGAAUCCUCUUUGACCUUUUUUUUUUUGAGAAAAACUUCUUUCACUAUUGUGUCCAACCCAGGCAAUAAAUAAGCAGUUUUCUGAAAAGUUA